AUGGCCCCUUCAGCUAUUUCCACAACUCCACCUCCUUCCACGGUGAACGAGUCAUCCUCUAUCACCAGCUAUCGAGGUUACGACCACGUCCACUGGUAUGUCGGAAACGCCAAGCAAGCCGCAAGCUACUACAUCACUCGCAUGGGAUUCAAGCGUAUUGCCUACCGUGGUCUCGAAACUGGAAGCCGAGCUACCUGUUCUCAUGUUAUUCGCAACGGAGAUAUCACUUUCAUUCUCACCUCGCCUCUCCGCUCUUUGGACCAGAUCGACCGCUUCACUACCGAAGAACAAGACCAGCUUCGUGAGAUUCACCACCAUCUCGAGCAGCACGGCGAUGCAGUAAAGGAUGUUGCAUUUGAAGUAGAUGAUGUUGAUGCUGUCUACUUUGCUGCUGUCAAGAAUGGUGCCAAGUCGGUCUCCGCUCCCUCUGUUCUCAAGGAUGAGGGCGGCCAAGUCAAGGUUGGGACAAUUCAGACAUACGGUCAGACUACACACACUUUGAUCGAGCGCAAGGCAUACCGGGGUGCUUUCUUACCUGGCUACCGUUUGGAAUCUGGCACCGAGGACCCUAUCACAAAAUUCCUGCCUGGCGUGGGACUUCAACGGAUCGACCACUGUGUUGGAAACCAGGAUUGGGAUGAGAUGGAUAAGAUUUGCGAAUACUACGAAAAGGCCCUUGGAUUCCAUCGUUUCUGGUCCGUGGACGACAGCCAAAUCUGCACUGAGUUCUCUGCCUUGAAGAGUAUCGUCAUGUCAUCACCCAACGAAUUGGUCAAGAUGCCCAUCAACGAGCCAGCCAAGGGCAAGAAGCAAUCUCAGAUCGAGGAGUAUGUUGAUUUCUACAACGGCGCUGGUGUGCAGCACAUCGCGCUGUUGACCGACGACAUCAUCCGCGACAUCACCAACCUGAAGGCCCGUGGAGUGGAGUUCAUCAAGGUUCCCGAGACCUAUUAUACCGACAUGAGGGCCCGCUUGAAGAAGUCCGGGCUUGUGCUGCAUGAAGACUUUGAGACAAUUCGCAGCUUGGAUAUUUUGAUCGACUUUGACGAGGGUGGGUACUUGCUGCAGCUUUUCACCAAGCAUUUGAUGGAUCGUCCUACUGUGUUCAUGGAGAUUAUUCAACGGCACAACUUCUCCGGCUUUGGAGCAGGAAACUUCAAAUCGCUGUUUGAGGCGAUUGAGCGGGAACAAGAGCUUCGUGGAAAUUUGAUCUAA